CUCACUUUUGCCCUUCUCUUCUCUCUGUCGCCGCGUUAAUAAUGGUCCUCGACAGAACCAAUAAUGAUGUUUUCCUCGAUCUCUCCUUGUCCCUGGGUCCCACAAGGCGACCCUCCACCCCGAGUUUGCCGUCCGUACAACCGGUGACCGGCGACCACCGCCAGCAUUUCAUGCAACUUCUGAUGUCAUCGCCGCCUCUGCCGCCAUCUCCGGCGGCCGCUGGGCCACCGCAACUGUCUCUAUCCGUCCCACCGGUGAACCUCCACCAAUCCGCUCCCCAACCCAUUAUGGGUCUCGUUGACCACAGUUUCAUCGGCUCUUGGAACGUGGCGGCUGCGGUGGCUCAGCCAUGGUCGGUGGGACCACCGCCACUGGUUGCGCCGUCUCUUGAUCUCCCUCCUCAUCCGGUGGCCAACGUGCCUUCCCACCAGGCCGUAAGUGUUCCUAGGAACACACGUGGGCCAGGACGUCCCGCUGCGGCUGGUGAGCCCCAUCAGAUCCGCAGGAGAUCGUCGGCCAUUUCAGGUGAGGCCGAGGAAGGAGUCGAGGAGGAAAUCCCGGCGCCGUACCCGUGGGCCACCACUAGGCCAGCCAAGGUCCACGCCAUGAGAGACUUGGUCUCCAACGGUAUCAACUUGAUCUCGGGCCAAGUCCAGUGCAAACGGUGCGAGAAGGUUGUCACCAUCCAUUACAAUCUCAGGGAGAAGUUUGUGGAAAUUUUCAGAUACAUAGUAGAGAACAAGGAGAGAUUACGUGACCGUGCUCCGAGCCAGUGGAUGAGCCCUCGGCUUCCGCCAUGCGAGACCUGCGAAUCGGGGAUGAAGCCGGUGAUGAGGGAGAAGAAAGAAGAGAUCAACUGGCUGUUUCUGCUGCUAGGGCAAAUGCUGGGAUGCUGCACGUUGGAGCAGCUCAGGUAUUUUUGCGACAAGUCCAAGAUACAUCGGACGGGGGCUAAAGAUCGAGUCUUGUAUCUCACGUAUCUCGCUCUCUGCAAACAGCUGGAUCCGUCCGGACCAUUUGAUCGGUGAGUUACCAGAUCUGCUCAUAUGGUGACUACAGGUUGUG